AUGGCUGUUCUAAGCAAAUUGGCUCUUGCGGCCUCGCUCGCCCUCUGCGGCGUCUCGGCAGCUGGAAUCCCGCAGCAGCAGCCGCUCACAGCUCCGUCUUCGUCGUCUUCGCACUCUUCGUCACACGACACAGCCGUCGACUACAGCUCCAAGCCGCUCAUCGACACCGAGGCUCUGCAAGAUUCCAUCUCCGUCGAUGCUCUCUUUAAACGCGCCAAGAAGUUCUACGAGUUCGCCCAGACCUCGGAGGAGGAUUACGGCCAUCCCACUCGAGUCAUCGGCAGCACCGGCCACGAGGGGACCCUCAACUACAUCGUUAAUACUCUGCUAGACCAAGGCGACUACUACAGUAUCUCUACUCAGGAUUUCCCCGUCACGCUGUCCAACGUCUUCGAGUCCCAGUUGGUUUUGGGCAACGGUGUCUCCAAGUCUGCGGUUCCCAUGGGGCUGACGCCCGCGACCAAGGACAGGGAGCCUGUUCAUGGUCACCUGGUGCUUGUCAAGAACAACGGCUGCGAUGAGUCCGACUACCCAUCGAACGUCAAGGGGAACAUUGCCUUCAUCCGCCGAGGACGGUGCGCCUUUGGCGACAAGUCCAUCGGGGCUGGAAAGGCUGGUGCCAAGGCUGCCGUCAUCUACAACACUGAUCCAGAGGAGCUGCAUGGAACUCUUGGAGAGCCAACCGAGUAUCACGUCGCCACCUUUGGCAUCGACGGCGUCGAGGGCAAGAAGGUUGCCGACGAGCUUGCUUCUGGAGAGUCCGUGAGCGCCAUUGCCUACAUCGACGCCGAGGUCAAGAAGAUCCAGACAGUCAACGUCCUGGCGCAGACGUCGGAGGGUGACCCCGACAACUGCGUCAUGCUUGGCGGCCACAGCGACGGUGUUGCCGAAGGCCCUGGCAUCAACGACGACGGCUCUGGCAGCAUGUCUGUUCUUGAAGUUGCCGUCCAGCUUACCAACUUCAAGGUGAACAACUGUGUUCGCUUCGCCUGGUGGGCUGCAGAGGAGGAAGGCCUUUUGGGAUCCGACUUUUACGCCGCGAGCCUGUCUGAGGAGGAGAACCAGAAGAUUCGUCUCUUUAUGGACUAUGACAUGAUGGCCAGCCCCAACUUUGCCUACCAGAUUUACAAUGCCACCAACGCAGAGAGUCCCGCCGGGUCCGAGGAGCUGAGAAAUCUCUAUGUCGACUGGUACGAGUCCAAGGGCCUCAACUACACAUUCAUCCCGUUUGACGGCCGUAGCGACUAUGACGGCUUCAUCCGCGCCGGAAUUCCUGCUGGAGGAAUCGCCACUGGUGCCGAGGCUGUCAAGACAAAGGAGGAGGCUGAGAUGUUUGGCGGACGCGCUGGAGAGUGGCUGGACCCAUGCUACCACCAGAUCUGCGAUGACCUGAACAACCUGAACCGCACCGCCUGGGAGGUCAACACCAAGCUGAUUGCCCACUCUGUUGCCACCUACGCCCUCUCGUUUGACGGAUUCCCCAAGCGUGGGCUGGACACCGAGAUGAGCGCAUACGGCAAGACCAUGAAGCACCACGGCCCCAAGCUCAUCUUAUUCUUCCACGCGCAGAUGCACCCUCAUUCUCUUCUCCUGGAUGUCAUUCUGCCUCAUUCUGCCUCACCCAUCCUGGGAAAACCUCGUGAUUGCAACACGGCCGCCAUGAGCGACGAAACAUGGAAGGGCUGCACCAUCCAACAGAAAAGCGAUGGAGGGUGCAUUAUCCUGUCCCCUGACUCUACCCUCUUGCUGGAGAUGGAGGAUGCGCCCAAGACGAUGAACAAGAUAGAUGAUCACGGCAACGCAGUCGAGUCGAUUCGGGAUGAUGAGUUUGCUUCAUUCAAGCUCCCAGCAAGAUGCACAUUUCUUUCAGCCGGCUCCGGCAAAGAGAGCAACAUCAAGGCAGAAGAAUCAAGCUCGAAAGACCCAGGAGGACUUGAAAAGGAACCAAAAGGAACCGUUGAGAUGAAAGGCCCCGUCUUCAUGAGAAAAGAACUCUGGUCCACCCACAACUUUGAGAAUUACUCGCGAUUAUCUUGGCAACAGGAAUCCAUAGGGAACGGCCCCCUUGUGCAAUUGAUAUCUGGACCUGUCCACAAGGAGGCAGCUAAUUUCAAUCUAAAGGGCAUAUCGCUGAAAUGCGAACCUUGCUCUUCUUCUUUUCCCGCCAUCAAACACCAGGACGUCAUUCCGCACCAUCUUGCCACGACGGAGGCCAAUCUUGUGAUGCCCAAGGGACUAGUUUCGGGUGAACCUCUGGAGACAUUUCUUACUACGCCAGAGGUCCAAAAGGCAUACGACCUCGAUGUUGAAAUCUUGAUUCAAGGGUUGGAGAAUGGAGCUGCCAUUGCCCCCUUUUCUUUCAUCAACCCGCCUGUUUUGUCGGAUGUGCCUCCUGGAUCGAAUCUUGCCGAUGGACUUCAAGACGACGCAAAACCUCGCGGUGAUGACAAUCGACGCUUAUCCGAAGUGACUUGCAACUCAACUCCUUCAAUGAAAAGUUCCAACUAUGCGGCGCCGGCUGGCUUUGUGUACCGAGUGGCACUCACCGAUGCGUUAGAGUACCCUCCUGAGCUGAUACGACUUUUGAGGGACUUUGCACUUGAGUACCCAAACGACUUUUUACCUCUUCGGCUCAUGCUUCUUGCGUGCCAUCUUUGGUUUGACGUUAUGACGCAUCCAGAUCUGCAAUUGGAGUGGUUCAUGUUGGAUAGGAAGGAGGAUGGUAAGAGAUUCAACGAGGUCCCCAAAGUAUCCUUGGCGGCGUUUAUCGUCUAUUUUGCGCAUUGGCUUUCAUGGACUGAGUCUAUGGAACUGUCUGAAUAUCCACACCCAUUUCGCUUUGUUUUAAAAGCCUACGAAACGGACCAAGUCCACCCAGGCUUUGCCGUGAACGUGGACCACAUUCCCCAAGACAGAGUCAUUGCAUUGAUGCGCAAGCACGCGCAUCGAAUUCCUUUUGCGCUGACAGGAUUGCCACAUCUGGGAUAUCUGGGUUUGCGCAACUACACGCGGCAAGACGUGAAGGACACGGCUAAGCAUCCAGAGAAGAGGUUUCGAGUCCAUAUGCUUCCCUGUUUCGUCAACUCGUGCCUUUUUGCCAAAUUUGGCACGCGGCUACAAGUCCCUGACGAUCUUUCGAAAGGUGUAUUAAAGACAUUUUCGCAAAUCUCUCCUUUUUGGAAGCCGUAUACCUCGAGCAAUGGCUUGGAGCCGUCACAUCACACUCCAGCCCCCCCCAGUUCACUCUUCUCAACGGACUGGUACAGAAUCACUAGCGACAUCGACAAGAAUCCCCCCUUUACGUGCCCUUACUGGAAAGCUGAAGAUGAACGGCAGGAAGAGACAUUCAAGGAGCUCAUCUCGACUGCUCAAGCCAAACAUAAUGGUGAUAUUGACAUAGUCAAUGCUUGUAUAUCAUCUCUCUAUACCCCGGAAGACCUGUCUGACCGCGAUUUGUACACCGCUCUGCCAACAGCCCUGGUGAAGUUGAUCGGACUGCCGCCCCCUCUAACCUGGGAGAUAGAUGUGUGGGCCGAAUACUUGCCAACGAUCGACGAGCCCUCCUCCCCGCAGGUCAAAUGCAUUUCCAUGAUUCUCGCCAAGCAAUUGAUGGGCAUGGAAGAUUCACUCGAGGCGCGAGACCGGCUCGGUGGUCAGUGGGAUUGUCUGUUUCCGCAAUUCACCUCGACGUAUAACAUUGCCGGUGCUUGCCUCUAG